AUGGACAAGUGCCAACUAUGGGAGGAAAUUUCCAAGAUUUUAGAGGAUGUAAGGCCGGCCUUAACGAUUAUUGUGGGGGAUUUCAAUGCCACUCUCUCCUAUUCGGACAAACAUGGAGGGGUGAGAAGGAUGUGCAAGAUUCAAUCUGAUUUUCAGACCUUUGUGGAUUCCAACGCCUUGUAUGAAGUGUCUGCUAAAGGGGGGAAUUUUACUUGGACCAAUAGGCGGUUGGGCUUCUCCAACAUUGCAGAGAAACUUGAUAGGUUCUUUCUAGCUAGGGAUUGGAACUUGGCUCGCCUUGUCUUUGAGGCAAAAUUUUUGGCUAUUUCAGGUUCAGACCACUUUCUGGUCUCUCUGGUUGUGCAAAAGGAUGGAGUUCCACUCAGAUGUCCCUUCAAGGUGGAAAAGAUGUGGCUAAGGGAGCAGGGCUUUAGAGAACAGAAACUAAAAAUCUGGAACAUGGAUGUUUUUGGAAAUAUCUUUGAUGAAAAACACAAGAUUGAAGGAGAGUUAGGGGCUCUGAACUCGAAAGUCUUGGUAGAAGGUAUGGACGAGGUGGAUUAUCUCAUGGAGAAAGACCUGCUUAGUAGAUAUGGGGAAGUUCUGCAGAGGGAAGAGAUUUUCUGGAGCCAAAAAUCGAGAGAGAAUUGGCUUAGAGUUGGAGAUAGAAACACCAAAUUUUUCCAUAGUUCGAUGAAGGUUAAGAGAAGCCUAAACAAAAUUUUAUCCCUGAGACUCAUGGAUGGGACCUUAACGGAGGAUCUCGCCUAG